AUGGCAAAAAAGAAAGUAAAUACAUUAUUAUAUAUAAUAGGGAUAAUAUUGUAUUUUUUAGGUAUAGCAUCAAUUUAUUAUUAUCCAAAGAAUGCAAAUAAUACGUAUUUAUCAGAGAAUGCAUUAAUGCCAGGUACAGCAAGAGUAACCUUUGAUUAUAGCGAUGGCUCAAAGAUUACACAAUAUUCUAAUGACUUUUUAGUACAUAUUAGUCAAUAUAACAAGAGAUUUACUGAUGGCACAGUUGAUCCUUUCAAGAGAUCAAAAUCAUGUUCAGAAUGGAUAGUUUCUCAAUUAAAGGAAAUGGGCUUAGAGGCAUAUAUUCAUAAAUACAAUUUAAAUCAAAAUAGUUAUUCCAAUCAUUAUUUUAAUCAAAGCUUAGGCGAAGAGGGUUAUAAUGUUUAUGCUGUAUUAAGAGCACCCAAAUCUGAUGGUAGAGAGUCAAUCGUUAUUUCUGCAUCUUUCAAUUCAUCCGAGGAUACAAAUAUCGUCAGUAGUACUGGUCAAACUACAACCGAGUCGUCUGUUGGUGUAGCAUUAACUUUAUUCCAAUAUCUUUCAAAGAAGGGCAACAUUUGGUUAGCUAAAGAUUUAAUUUUAAUCAUUUCAGACUCUUACAUAAAUAAUAUUAUUAGCGAUAGUAACAGUUUUGUAGCUGGUAGUAGUGCUGGUGCCAAUAACAACAUUGGGUUAAAAUCAUGGUUACACGACUAUCAUGACACUUCAAUCGACUCAAAUUCAAACUAUUUCCCACGUGCAGGUUUAAUUCAAGCAGCAAUUAACAUUGAAGCAAAUAGCAAAAAAUAUAUAAAUGACCGUAUCUAUGUAUUAGCAGAAGGUUCAAAUGGUCAAUUACCAAAUUUAGAUCUCAUCAACACUAUUGGCAGAUUGGCAAAGAGAGAGGGCUAUUCAAAGGGAAUCGAAUUAUCAGCUACAGAUAACAAUGAUCAACUCUUUAUAAAUCAUUUACCAUCCGAAAUUAGAACUCUUGGAAAAUUUAUGUUAAAUCAAGCUAUCGGUAUUCCAACUGGAGAUCAUGGUCAAUUUAAUAAGUAUCAUAUCGAUGCCGUUACUCUUGGUGUAUCUGGUAAAAGUUCAACAUUGGGAUCAAGAGUUUUAAUUGGUACAAUUCGUAGUUUAAAUAAUCUAUUAGAGAAAUUCCAUCAAUCUUUUUAUUAUUAUUUAUUACCAUCACCAUAUCUCUAUGUAUCAAUUGGCGAAUAUAUGAUUUCAUUAGGUUUAAUUAUAGCUCCGUUAGCAUUCAGAGUGGUUUAUUUAUUGGUUUCAUUAUCAAAUAUUUUUACAUCACCAACUUUAUUCACUGUCAACAAAAAGAAAAAAACCGAUGAUGAUGGCGACGAAAAACCAAUAACCGAUCAAAAACCACAAAAAAAAAGAAAAAAUUUAUUUGAAAAAUUGGGUAGUUUUAAAUGUUUAGAUUCACCAAAAGAUAUUAUAUACUCUGUUUCAAUAAAUACAAUUUUUCAAUUAAUUGGUAUUGCUCUUUUUUCAAUACCUCAAACUUUUACAAAUACAACAACAAACAUUUUAAAUUAUUUAAUCAAUAAUGAAAUUAUUGGGUUAUUUGGGUUGUUUGGAAUAUUUUAUAUUAUUAUAUUUUUAGUUUUAAUUCCAAUAAUAGAUCACAUGUUUUAUAAAAAUGAAUCAAUUAUUACAUUAUCAGAAAAAAGAUUAAAACAAAAGUCAUUAAAAAAUAGUAAUAACAAUAAUAAUAGUAUCAAUAAUAACAACAAUAGUAACCAGUUAUAUAGUAUCCAAAAUCAUUUAAAAACAGAAUCAAACAGUUAUUUUGUAUUUGGUAAUUUACCAUUAUUAAUAUUCAUUGCCACAGUAUCAUUAUUAAAUUUCUCAUUUUGUACACUUGCAGCAGUACUUUCAAUCCCAUUGUGCUUUAUUUCGCUACUUGGUAAAUGUAGUGCCGAUUGUAAUUCAGUUGUUAAAUUAUUCAGAAAAACUAUUGUCUUUAUUUUGUUGUUAUGCUUCUCACCACCAGUUAUAUUCUAUUUAUUCUCUCACUUUGUUUUAAAUCAAAAUGUUUUCGUUUUAUUAUCGACCAUCAUCCAACAAUAUGACCAAUAUUCAAAUUUAUUUUUCCCAUUUUUAACUUUGGUUUAUAUUCCAUUGAAUUUAUCAAUUUUAAAAAUAAAUUUAUAAAUAAAACUAAAAU